CUGUGUCGCUCUCGGGUGGCGUGUUCCGCGUUUCCUUUCGGCUCCGUUGCACCGGUGCAGCUCCGGCCUCGGGCCCGACCUCACCAUGACUUCCACUUUGGAGGAGUUGCAGAAGGACCUAGAAGAGGUCAAAGUGCUACUGGAAAAGUCCACUAGGAAAAGAGUGCGUGAUACUCUUUCAAGUGAAAAAUCCAAGAUUGAGAUAGAAAUAAAGAACAAGAUGCAGCAGAAAUCACAGAAGAAACCAGAACUUGACAAUGAAAAGCCAGCUGCUGUGGUUGCUCCUCUUACAACAGGAUACACUGUGAAAAUCAGUAAUUAUGGAUGGGAUCAAUCAGAUAAGUUUGUGAAAAUCUACAUUACCUUAACUGGAGUGCAUCAAGUUCCCACUGAGAAUGUGCAGGUACACUUCACGGAGAGGUCAUUUGAUCUUUUGGUAAAAAAUCUCAAUGGCAAGAAUUACUCCAUGAUUGUGAAUAAUCUCUUGAAACCCAUCUCUGUGGAAAGCAGCUCAAAAAAAGUGAAGACUGAUACAGUUAUCAUCUUAUGUAGAAAGAAAGCAGAAAACACACGAUGGGACUACUUAACUCAGGUGGAAAAGGAAUGCAAAGAGAAAGAAAAGCCUUCCUAUGACACUGAAACAGAUCCUAGUGAGGGAUUAAUGAACGUUCUAAAGAAAAUUUAUGAAGAUGGAGAUGAUGACAUGAAACGAACCAUUAAUAAGGCAUGGGUAGAAUCUAGAGAGAAGCAAGCCCGAGAAGACACGGGAUUUUGAGACUUUUAAGUCCUUUGGGAACUGUGAUGUGGAAUGCUCGUGUUUCCAGUAAGGGAAUGUUGUUGAACUGCACAUAAAAUUUGAAAGAUAACUAUUUACACAGCCUUCUAAGUAAAGACAGCAAAUUCUCCAUUUCUUAUUGGAGGGUCUGAUUUAAAUAAAUAUGCUUAUUAAACUUUCUCCUUUAUUAGCAUCCUAGUCAUUUUGUUU